UAGCAUUAAUUGGUGUCUUUUUUUGAAGCCAACGCACAACUGUUUAUCACAACCACAAUUAAUAUUCACAUGGUAGGCUACUUAAAGCUGUGAGGAUUAACUGUACACAUAGUGCGAAUAUAUCAGAGGGGAAUGCAAGCCUGUUAUCGUGCACCAUGUGACUUGUUGUAAGUACCGUAGAGAAACUGAAAGUUAAACGGGCUGCUGAAUCUUGGUGCUUUAAAAGAGGAAGACAGAGCAAGAUCCUCGGUGCUAAUUUCAUUUGUAGUGUUUAAACCAAGAUCAAGUUUGUGGACAGAGCAAACCUCGUCUGAACCAGAAUGACGACACAAGAUCAGGAUGACAAGAGCUACGACCCCAACGAUACGACGCUGACAUUUGUCAACAGGAGGGAUGAGCUGGAUCCAUUAUGGCCAAUACAAAUUUAAGUGUCCUGCUUUAAAUGAGGACACCUACGAGACGUGUGGUGCAGAGUGGUCCUAUCCAGAGGUGCGCAGGCUGGCAGCACUGACAGUUGAAGAGAUGGCUUACUUUGAAGAGAAGAUUGCCCAGCUGGCAGCCAGAGAGUACUGUGAACUGAAAAUAUGUCCUGGUUGCAAGACCUAUGUGGAGAGAGAGGACCUGACUAACCUGAGUGUGAGGUGCACAAUCUGUACAGCAGACAACAACAAAGCGUAUGAGUUCUGCUGCCAGUGUUUGAGGCCGUGGAAAGGUAGAGCUCCACGAUCAGACCGCUGUGAUAAUGAUGGCUGCGUAAACCACGAACUCGAAGUUCUCAAAAACUGCGAGACUACUAAUCUCCCUGAGGUUCGGGGGGUCGAUACCUGUCCCUCCAUCCGGGCCUGUCCCACCUGUGGUGAGAUAGUGGAGCACGACAAAACAGGCUGCAAGAACAUCACCUGUCCUCGCUGUCAGAAAGAGUUCUGCUUUGUGUGUCUGAAACUCACUCCUGUGUGCUUGAAAACAAGCACUCACUUCAUCCCCUGCAGUGAUGGUGUGGCUCCCAGACAAACAUCAAUACCUGUGUGGCGCAGAAAGUAGCAGACAACACAGACUUUAUGUACUCUUCUCUCAUACCAGACUUUCCUUUAGAAUUGAAUUGUCAUUCUGGUAAAACCUAAACAGAAAGCUGGAGCAGAACCUUGUUUGCUUAGUUUAGCUCAGCAUAUUACCUAGCAUUGCCCAAUGAAU